AUGUGCAAGAAUAUUUUACUACAAAAGAGAUCGUUGUCUACGAGCAGACUUCAUGAUCGUCCAUAUAAUCCCAUAGAAUAUCUUCACAGAGCUCUCUUGCAUAACAGGCUGUCUUAUCACGACCUGGCUGCAGGAGAUGCCUACAAAGCCUUGCUACUAGUGGAUGAGGUAGAUGGCGGGGAAUAUCAAGAAAAUGUUCGAAGCUCUCUGGCUGUUACUAAAUCGGAAGAUCCUGCUUUUGCUCUCUCGUCGGAGGAACUGAAAGCUUCACAGUUUGACAGAGUUCAGAUCUCCGCCGGAAAGAUAGCGGUAGAGGCAUACGUAUUGCUCUCUAAUGCUCUGGAGAAAUGUGGUGACCCGUAUGGCGCGUUCGAGUUUGUGGAGCGUGGACUAAGGGCUUUCCCAAACCAUGAGACUUUGCAGACGCUGCAUCAGAGUAUGAUCGACGCUGGCUACUCUCGUUCCACAGUUGCAAUUUCCCACUCUGCUCAAAAGACGGGGCAUCUUGUUGCUGUGCCUGGCUUCAAACCAAGCGCAUUUGUUCGUCGAGAAAUCUAUCCAUGGAAUAAGUACGAGCCUGACAGGUUCUCUCAAGAAUCUCUGUCAUUCCUAAAUGCGGAAUUGCAGAAGAUUGCUCCCAAAUGUGAGAUUCGUACUAUCGACCUCCCAGUGCUCAACAGCCUCAAAAAGGGUACGGGCGAUGGUGAUGGGCAUAUAGUCCAGAGCACGUCAAGUAUCAAACAAUUAGGAAUAUUUGCUGCUCAAGAUGUUGCACCGGCCGAAAGACUAUUUCUGGAACCCAGUAUCCUGACUAGCAAUAAUCGUCUACUUGGUUCGCUUUGUGAUGCGUGCUCAGCACCUUUACCACCGAUCUCACUAGCCAACCCCCUCCCCGCAUGUUCUUCAUGUGAUGAUAUAUACUUCUGCUCCGAAAACUGUCACGACCGCGCCCAAGAACUCUACCAUCCCGCUGUUUGUGGCAUUGAGGACUUUGAUAACGUGGCUAAAGAUCCAUCCCCUGCGGCAUCGACUGACUCGCUUUAUCUUCUCCUUGUGAUUCGUGCUAUAGCAAUGGCCGAGACCCAACAAAAGCAUCCUCUAGACCUGCUACAUGUCAAGUUCCUCUGGGGCGACUUUGAGUCAGCUUCCACCUCCGUAGAGCGUAAGCUACCGUUCGACUUUCAAAACAACAUUGCCAAUCCCAUACAUAUCAUGACGAACAUGGGCAUUAAUCCGUUUGCAUCCGCAACUUUGGAGCGCUACGACCUUUGGGUUCUGAAUACUCUCUUUGCCAAGUUUCGCGGUGUCGCUUCGGCAAAGAUGAACAUUCAUACCUUGCGCCCGGACGUAGCAGGCGUGCAUCCAUUGUGGUCCUUGGCAAACCAUAGCUGUGCGCCUAAUGUGCGCUGGGAAUGGGGUCUGGAGGGAGUGGAGCUAGAAAGCGAGGAGAGAGGAGCGAUAGGUUUCACGGCAAGAAAGCCGGAAGAGCGUGUGCAUUGGGGCGAGGGUAGAAGAGAAGGUGGUAUCAAGAAGGGCAAUGAAGUCUUGAAUCACUAUUGUGAUAUUGACUUGGAUGUGAAGGAGAGACGAGAAUGGGCUAUUGGGGCCUUGGGAGGUUUUUGCCGAUGCGAAAGGUGCCUCUGGGAAGAGAAAUUGGAUACGAAGCAAUCAUGA